AAUGACCACUAGGAUAGUACUCACCUACUUGGGGUUUAAGAGAGGUUUUCUCUGCUGGCCUUCUCCUCUUUCUUCUCCAUCUUGAAUCUCUGGUCUGCUCAGACUUAUCUCCAUCCGCCACCAAAAAAUGGCUUCCAACGUCUCUCUACCUAUGAACUACAGAGCUCAAUUUCAGUCCCCAACUUGGCCACCAAAACCUCCGAAAAUCACCAGAAUUCAUAAAUCCUACAAAAACCUCCAUUUUCUCUCUGUACCAGCCAAUCACUGUCUCUCUACUCCUUUACUCUCUUCCUCUUCUUUCCCUCUUAUCACCAAAUUCCCUCGUAAUCUACUCCCUUUCCACCCUUUGCAAGAUGCUACUGAGGAACAUAUCAUCGAAGACAUUGAUAAUUCCAUGAGAAACCACCAAAAUCUUGAAAAUCUGAUCAAAUUGGACUUACCCACUGGCCACAAUCGCCAGAUUAUACGUCAGGAAUUGUCAGAAAGAGUUCUUAUCCAUGAUCCUCCGUGGAUUUCAGCUCUUUUUUUUAAGGGACUGUACAAGAUAGCUAAUCGAGAAUUGAAGGUAGAGUUCAAGGAUAUUGAAAAGAGAAAGUAUAAUUUGCUUAGGAGGAGGCAAAUUAGACAAGAGACUGAGGCGUGGGAGAGAAUGGCGGAAGAAUAUAGGUGUUUAGUGAAGGAAAUGUGCGAGAGGAAGUUGGCACCAAAUUUGCCGUAUGUUAAGGGAUUGUUUUUGGGGUGGUUUGAGCCCUUGAAAGAGGCCAUAAAGAAGGAGCAGAAUCUGCAGAGGUCGAAGAAGCAGAAGGCGGCCUUUGCUCCCCAUAUUGAGUUGUUGCCAGCAGAUAAGAUGGCAGUGAUCGUUAUGCACAAGUUGAUGGGGCUAGUGAUGGUUGGCCAUGAAGAUGGGUGUGUGCCAGUUGUCCAGGCUGCGGUGCAAAUUGGUAUGGCUGUAGAGCAGGAGGUUAGGAUUCAUAAUUUCUUGGAAAAAACAAAGAAUUUCCAAAGGAAGAAGACAAUCACUGAUGCUCAACAGAGUCUGGGAAGGGAGAAGGAGAUACUCAGAAAACGUGUUAAUAAUUUGAUUAGAAGGAAAAGGCUUAUUGAGGUGCAGAAGCUGUUGAAAAAUGAAGAAAUGAAACAUUGGGGUCGAGAUACACAGGCUAAGCUGGGAAGUCGCCUGGUGGAACUGUUAACUGAAACAGCUUUUGUGCAACCCCCCGUCAACCAGUCAGCAGAUAUUCCACCUGAUGUUCGACCUGCUUUUAGGCACAGAUUUAGAACUAUAACAAAUAAUCCAGGGCAUAAAAUUGUGAAGAAGUAUGGGGUUAUAGAAUGUGAUCCCCUCAUCCUCACUGGACUUGAAGGAUCUGCUAAGCAUAUGUUGAUUCCUUAUUUUCCAAUGCUAGUACCUCCCAAAAAGUGGAAAGGGUAUGACAAGGGUGGACACUUUUUCUUGCCUUCAUAUAUCAUGCGUACUCAUGGAUCUAGGAAGCAACAAGAUGCACUUAGGAGUGUUCCUGGAAAAAAUAUGCAGAAAGUAUUUGAGGCCCUGGAUAUGCUUGGAAACACCAAAUGGAGGGUGAAUAGAAGAGUACUUGAUGCAGUGGAAAGCAUAUGGGCAAGGGGUGGCAAUAUAGCAGGCUUGGUUGAUCGUGAAGAUAUUCCGAUACCAGAGAAACCACUUUCAGAGGAUUUAAGAGAGAUUCAGCAGUGGAGGUGGAGUAUGAGAAAGGCAAAGAAGAUAAACCGAGAAAGGCAUUCUCAGAGAUGUGACACUGAACUUAAGCUUUCUGUGGCACAAAAACUGAAAGAUGAGGAGGGCUUUUAUUAUCCUCACAAUCUUGAUUUUCGAGGCCGUGCGUACCCAAUGCAUCCACAUUUGACACAUCUAAGUUCUGAUAUUUGUCGAGGAAUUCUUGAAUUUGCAGAAGGACGACCAUUAGGGAAGUCUGGGUUACGCUGGCUGAAGAUACAUUUGGCAAACCUGUAUUCAGGAGGGGUUGAAAAACUCUCUCAUGAAGGGCGCCUAGCUUUUGUGGAAAAUCACUUAGAUGACAUAUUUGAUUCAGCAGAAAACCCUGUUCAUGGAAAAUGUUGGUGGCUAACGGCUGAAGAUCCUUUCCAGUGCUUAGCUGCUUGUGUUAAUCUAUCAGAAGCCUUAAAGAGCUCAUCACCACACACUGUCAUCUCCCACCUGCCAAUCCAUCAGGAUGGAUCUUGCAAUGGCUUGCAGCAUUAUGCAGCCUUGGGAAGAAACAGUCUCGAAGCAGCAGCAGUUAACUUAGUUGCUGGUGAAAUACCUGCUGAUGUUUAUACAGAAAUUGCUGUGAGGGUCCAUGAAAUAAUAAAAAGAGACAGCAGGAAGGACCCUACUACAAAUCCAAAUGCCAUAUUAGCCAACCUUUUAAUUGAUCAGGUGGAUCGAAAAUUGGUUAAACAAACAGUAAUGACUUCAGUAUAUGGUGUCACUUAUGUUGGGGCACGUGAGCAAAUAAAACGAAGAUUAGAGGAGAAGGGUCAUAUUACAGAUGAUAGGCUGCUAUUCAGUGCAGCUUGUUAUACUGCUAAAGUGACAAUGACUGCCCUGGGGGAAUUAUUCCAAGCUGCACGUGAUAUAAUGAAUUGGCUUGGUGAUUGUGCAAAGGUUAUUGCUUUAGAAGAUCAGCCUGUGCGGUGGACAACUCCUCUAGGUCUUCCUGUUGUGCAACCAUACUAUAAGAGUGAACGACAUCUUAUACGAACUUCACUUCAGGUUUUGGCCCUGCAGCGGGAGGGUAACUCGGUCGAGGUUAGGAAACAGAGAACUGCAUUCCCUCCAAAUUUUGUUCACUCGCUUGAUGGUUCACACAUGAUGAUGACUGCUGUAGCAUGCAGAGAUGCUGAUUUGCGUUUUGCAGGUGACAAUGACUGCCCUGGGGGAAUUAUUCCAAGCUGCACGUGAUAUAAUGAAUUGGCUUGGUGAUUGUGCAAAGGUUAUUGCUUUAGAAGAUCAGCCUGUGCGGUGGACAACUCCUCUAGGUCUUCCUGUUGUGCAACCAUACUAUAAGAGUGAA